GCACUGCGUCAAUUCAUUCAUGCAUAAUUGCAUUCUCGAGACUGUUCGGAGGAGAAUUCAUCGCAUUCUCUUUAGCGCCAUUUUAGGGCCAUAAUCGAAAUUUAUAAACGAAAAUGACGUGACCGUCUCGAAAUACUUAAUACAACAUGAUGAUAUUCGCAAUUUCAAGUAGCCUUCAAUUGAUACGAUAAUAUAUCGUUUCCAAGUAAUUGACACAGAUAAUCCCCAAAUUAUACACUAGGAUUACAUUCGUCACACUUGAGAGACGAAAAAAAAUAUCGAAGAAGUGAAACAGAAACAAUUUUCAGCAGGAACGAGCAUGCAGUUUUCGAAGAGCAAAACAAGAUAUCAAUGAACUAUACGUGAUAUACAAAUGUAAAUCUCAACACGGCACGAAAUCAUCAUACAUAUCAUUCCUUAAGCUCAAUACAAGAUAGGAGGGGAAAAGAAAAGGAAUAUGAGGUAGAAAAGUUAGUCGUUUUUUGAUGUUUAUUUUGAUAUUCCCGAGUAGCUAGUCUGCUCAGGUUGAGCACUUCCUACAAUGGAAAUUACCUUCACGCUGCUACUGUAAUUUCCAAACACUUGUAAUGUUUGUAUUUCAUUGUCGCGUGUUUCUUUGUGGCCGAAACGUGCUUCUCACCUGGUACAUCGAGUACUGAAAGUACCAAUACAUAUAGCACUGUCAAUGAGUCACAAGCAGACAUCACCCGAAGUGCUUUUAAAUACUUCGUCGUUCGUUCUUCGUGCAUAUCUUUCAGUUCACUUUUAUCACGUAUUACUCUUAUAGCCUUCAAAAAUUACCAAAAUGAAGCGUUUAGCUGCGUACUUUCUUUUAUUCUGGGCCCACCACUGUUUUGCAGUAGAACCAGUCAAAACCAACUUUCGACUACAGAUAUUGCACAAUAACGAUCUGCAUGUUAGAUUCGUAGAAACAGACGCAUAUACCGCAUCGUGCCCGAAGGAGUUCGUCCAACAGGACAAAUGCUAUGGAGGAUUCGCUCGUAUGAAGAAGGCUGCCGACGACGCCAGACAGCAAGCCAAAAGCCAAGGUGUACCCAGCAUCUAUAUCAAUGCUGGUGACAGUUUCCAAGGUACUCCAUAUUAUACGCUUUACAAGUGGAAAAUUACCUCGGAAUUGAUCGACAAACUUGGACUCGACGUUAUGACUUUGGGCAAUCACGAAUUUGACGAUGGAAUUGAUAACUUGGUCGAAUACCUGAAGCAUGUGAAAACGCCAGUUGUUUGCUGUAAUCUCAACAUAAGCAGCGAAAAACGAUUAGAUUUACCCAACUUGACUCCUUCGACUGUUUUAACAGUGGAAGGUAGAAAAAUCGGAGUUAUCGGAUACUUGACGACUGAAACACAAAUCAUAUCGAACACAGAAAAUCUGGAAAUAUUUGAAGAAAUACCUUACAUACGAGAGGAGGCGAAACGUUUAAAGUCGAAAGGUAUCAAGAUCAUAAUUGCCUUGGGACAUUCGGGAUUCGAAUACGAUAAGAAAAUAGCUGCAGAAGUUGAAGAAGUCAGUGUGGUUGUGGGUGGUCAUUCUCAUUCCUUACUGUACACACCAGCAGAUAAACCACCAAGUGUGGAGACUCCAGCAUCUGAGUAUCCUACAAUGGUAGUGCAGAAAUCUGGCAAAAAAGUGCCAGUAGUACAGGCAUAUGCUUUUAGUAAAUAUUUAGGUAAACUAAUGGUUGAUUUUGAUGACGAAGGUAAUGUCCUCAGUGCGACUGGAAACCCACAGAUUCUCGAUUCGACUGUUCAAAAAGAUCCAGAACUUGACAAAGAAAUAGCUAAAUGGACUGCCUUAUUGAGCGAGCAAAUUCACGUUGUCAAAGGUUACACUCGAACCUUUCUGGGGAAACCCAGUUUUCCUGAGGGUAAAUUAGAAUCCACAUUGGCCAAUUUGAUUACCGAUGCCUAUGUCGAUUAUGGAGUGCAAUUAGCAAAGGAACGCAAGGAGACUACAUGGACCAAGACUCCCAUUGCUUUCUAUGGAAAUGGUGGUAUUCGAGCGGUCAUCGAUCAUCAAAAAAAUGAUGGAGCACUAACUGUAGAAGAUUUAAUGACCAUAAUGCCAUUCGAGAAUAAAUUAGUUGAAGUUAAAUUACGAGGGAGUACUAUAAGGAAAGCUUUAGAAUUUGGAGCAUCCAGAUAUGACCCAGAUGAUACCACGUUCAUUCCUCAUUAUUUCCUUCAUUUCUCAGGACUCAGGGUAGAUUAUGACUUUUCAAAACCAUCCGGUCAACGAGUCGCAUCGGUGACUGCUUUAUGCAGAGAAUGCGAUGUUCCUGAAUAUCGAGCGCUCCAAGAUGACGAAAUCUAUGGAGUUAUAACAGUAUCGUACUUGGCCGACGGAGGAGACAACUUCGAUAUGAUCAAAACUGAAUCUGUCAAUACAACGAACCUCAAUGUCAAGGAUAUAGAUCCACUUAUGGGUUACAUGGAAAAGAACCGAGUAGUACAUCCUCAUCUUGACAACCGAGUCUCAGUCACUGGAUUCAAGCUAAGGAAUCGUAAUGUACCUUCUUCAGCUUUUGUAUCAUCAUCAUCAUCAUCAUCAUCUCAUCUACCAUUAUCCUUGAUCGCGGUUUACCUUAUGUUGAGAGAAUUCUUGUGAUAAAAUACUUCUUUUCAGGCUUAUUUGCCAAGUACAUACCUCGCAUACUUUCCAGAUUAAAACCCUUCAAUAAACAACGAAUGGCGUAAAUUUCUGAGAAAUUCGAGCACGUUGAACUGUGACACGAACUUUUACUGCACGUGCACACCAUGAUAUUGGUGGCACAGCUGUCUUUUGGCAGGAUUUUAAGCAACAAGUUGUUUUCAUUUUGCAACAGUGUCUUGAAAAUUGCAGUGUAUUUCUUGGUGGAAAAAUUCAUGUUGCAGUAGUAUGGAACAAUUUGUAUGUAUAAUUUUCAACGUUGUGUAAUAGGUAUUAAUUCAACGUUUGAGUAACAGAAUUCUCAAUUUUACAAGCUUCAGUUCGAUGAGAGGGUUGGAAAUGAUUCAGUGUACGAAUAAAGGAACAAUAUGUUCUAGUCACCUGUAAUAUUGGUUUUGUUUGUAUUUAGAUCUGAAUAUAUCGUAAUAAAAAAUUAAAAACCAGAA